CGAGUCUCCAGUUCCUGCACUCGCGACCCACCGCAGCCUCCUCCACGUAGAACCGUAAACCCCGCGCCCCCCUCGACCUCGGUUCUGCUCCCGCAGCCUUUGCCUCUCGAGCGCUCCAGCCCCAUCGUCCCGGAGGGCGUCAGGAUGAAGGCGGCCCGCUUCGUGAUGCGCAGCGCCAGCUCGCUGAGCAGCGCCGGCCUGGUGCCUCGAGAGGUCGAGCUCUUCUCGCGCUACAGUCCUUCCCCGCUGUCCAUGAAGCAGCUGCUGGACUUUGGUUCACACAAUGCAUGUGAAAGAACUUCUUUUGCAUUUUUGAGACAAGAAUUGCCGGUGAGGCUAGCCAAUAUCCUGAAGGAAAUUGAUAUCCUCCCUGAUCGAUUAGUAAAUACCUCUUCAGUACAGUUGGUUAAAAGCUGGUAUAUCCAGAGCCUAAUGGACUUGGUGGAAUUCCAUGAGAAAAGCCCAGAUGACCAGAAAGCACUAUCAGACUUUGUAGAUACGCUCAUCAAAGUUCGAAAUAGACACCAUAAUGUCAUCCCUACCAUGGCACAAGGAAUCAUAGAGUAUAAAGAAGCCUGUACAUUUGACCCAGUCACCAAUCAAAAUCUUCAGUACUUUUUGGAUCGAUUUUACAUGAACCGUAUUUCUACUCGGAUGCUGAUGAACCAGCACAUUCUUAUAUUUAAUAAUGAGAGGACAGGAAAUCCAACCCACAUUGGAAGCAUCGAUCCAAACUGUGAUGUGGCAGCAGUGGUCCAAGAUGCCUUUGACUGUUCAAAGAUGCUCUGCGAACAGUACUAUUUAACAUCUCCGGAAAUGAAACUCACACAAGUGAAUGUUAAAUCUCCAGGCCAACCAAUUCACAUCGUGUAUGUUCCCUCUCAUCUUCAUCAUAUGCUCUUUGAAUUAUUCAAGAAUGCAAUGAGGGCAACAGUUGAGCACCAGGAAAACUGCCCUUCCCUUACACCAGUUGAAGUGAUUGUUGUCUUGGGAAAAGAAGACCUUACAAUUAAGAUUUCUGACAGAGGAGGUGGAGUUCCGCUGAGGAUUACUGACCGCCUCUUCAGUUACACAUACUCCACAGCGCCAACACCUGUGAUGGAUAAUUCCCGGAAGGCUCCUUUGGCUGGUUUUGGAUAUGGCUUGCCUAUUUCUCGCCUCUAUGCCAAAUAUUUUCAAGGAGAUUUGAAUCUCUACUCAUUGUCAGGCUAUGGAACAGAUGCUAUCAUCUAUCUAAAGGCUUUGUCUUCUCAGUCCAUAGAAAAACUCCCCGUCUUUAACAAGUCAGCUUUCAAACAUUACCAGAUGAAUUCUGAGGCUGACGACUGGUGUAUCCCAAGCAAGGAACCAAAGAAUCUGGCAAAGCAAAAAAUGGCCUUGUGAAGCAUAACAUCCGGGAUACUCUAUGGGAUCACAGUGGGCCUAGGGCAGUAUUGCUUCUUAAAUGUUUAUGUGUGAAGUCUUGUUUCCACAAAAACAAAUCAUGGCAACAAAGACAUUAAUCCAUUGAAGAAUGGUGUUUGUUUGUGUGACUCAGGAGAAGGCAGGGCAGAACUCCGGGAGUUAGACGAGGGCCAGAUCCUCUUUCUGUAAUGUAAAAUAACUCUUACGUGUACUCCAAAUCCUGGAGAAGUUAGAUGUUAGGAGUUUCAAUAGGAAGAUAUUUUAGAACAUCUUGCUUAUAUCAAAAGAUACUGGUACUUUUGACAUCAAGUGUUAAAAUACCAGUAUUUUGGGCUAGGGAUUGAGCUCAGUGGCAUCACACCCACCUUGCAAGUGCAAGGUCCUGAGUUCAAUUCCCAGUACCAAAAAAACAAUAAAACAAGAUACCAGUAUUUUCCUGCCAUGGAAAGUUUAGUUUAUACUAUGUGAUGAGACAUGUAUAUAAAUGUACAUUUCACUGAAACUGUAUUUGUUCUAGGAAGAAAAGGAUGGUGACUAAAAUAAUGUUCACUGUAGUUAAAAGAGGAAGAAUAAGUCAAAACAUUUUAUUCAAGAGUUGCAGGCAAGACAUUAGGCCUGUGUAAAACCUUUUCUAGUCAUUACAAUUUCAAAUCAUUAAAACUCCUUUAUUCCUUUGCUUUUUCGGUUCAUACUUCACACAAUAAGCCAAUGCUUAUUGCCAGGUGCUUAGUCUUGGGUGAAUUGUCAAAGGUGAACUCAGGAAGUUGGAGGUGGAAUGAAGAAAAUUGACAAAGUGACAGCAAAGCUAGACCUUAACCUACCGUGUUUAUAAAUGAAACAGUAGUUUGGAAAAACCCUUGAUAGGGAAAGGAAUCUCCUGUGCAGUACCUAAACUCAGCUGAGUUUAGAGCUGUUCUUCAUCAUGAAGCGGAAAUGAUAGCCAUUUCUUAAGCUUUAAAAAUUGUGUUUUUGCUCCAUGUGAUUAUAUCCUCUGCACUGCAGCAUUAACACACACUGCUGUUAAACGUUUUCAUAUGGCCCAAGGACAUUAGAAUUUAAAGACUUUUUGGAGCAUUUUUUUAAAAAAACAAAUAGUCUGGAAGUAAGAUGUUCUCAAGCCCAGGAUGCCUUCAUCU